AUGGACGGUCAUAAUAAUCCUUGGUCAAACUUGGAUACAUUGGAUACCAUUGAAAAGGAUAUGAACGACCUUUUGAAUCAACCACAACAAUUAUCAUAUAAUACUCUUUUGCAUAUGUUUGAAGGCAUUCGAUCUCAGCUAGUUCAAUGGAUGGAAAAAGCACAUUUGGCAAUAUUCACUUUAGAACAACAAAUGAAAGAUGGUACAAUCAAGACAAACAUAUUACCUUUACAAUCAAAAGUGACCAAAAUGGAAUCCUUAAUGACACGUUUACCUGAUAUCAGUGACAUGAUAGAUGAUAAAAUCGACAGAACAAUAGAAAAUGACGACAAAUCAACACAACAAAUACAAUUCAACAUGACAAUCACAAAAUUACAAUCGGAAUGGUCUGGUUUACAUCAUUUUAUGUUAUCUGUCACAAAACAAUUUGAAGCAGCAAAUGAAAAACGGGAACUUUUGGUGAUCAUGGAAGAUAUUUUAUUGAAUAUCGACUCAUUAACAUCCACUAUCUUUCAAUAUCAAGAAAAACGACAUUUGGCCAUGGUGACAACCGACAAUGAUGAUUCAACAACCUCAAAUACUCUCAAGGAUGAAUCCCUCUUAUCUGAUAUAGAUCAACGUGUCGAUCCAGUAUUUCUUAAUGUUGAAAAAGUUUAUGCUCGAAUGACAUCCUCUCGACCACCUCUGGAUGAAUCUGGUAUUUUGGUUCGCAAGCAUCGAUUAGUACAAGAAAAAUGGGAAUGUCUUCGGAUUGAAAUUGAUGAACUCAAGGAUGAACUCAAAGAAGAUAAAUGGUUGUUUGUUUUCCGUCAAGUGGCUGAUCAAGUAGAUACUAUGAUUAAUGGAUUGGAUAAAACAGUACAACAAUGCUAUAAUACUAUUCAACAAAUUAUGGAUUGGCAUGAACAAGUACAACAACAACAACAACAAUUAUCGAGCCCUCAUUCACCAAUAUCUAUUGUACCACCCUUGGAUCGCGAAAAAUUCAAAGCCGUUGAAAAGAAUUUUGAAGCCAAAUACAAGUAUUACACACCCUCUAUUGACCGUAUGCUGACCAUGUUAGGAAAUGGAAUUGCAUCAAGAGUGACAAAGGAUAGCUCGACUUGCAAACGACAAUCAGCUAUGUUAUCAAGGUGGCAACAACUCAAAACAGCGAUGGAUGAUUUGAGGACGCGCGAUUUAAUGGAUGCCGAACGAUAUCUUGUAGAAACACCUCUCAGUGAAAGCCGCGCCAAUGCUGGACAGAUCAAUGACGACUCUCCUCGACAACAACAUCAUCAACAAGGUAGAAAAAGUCACGUACCAAGACCUCCAUCACAACAACGUCAUACCAAGGAAGCAUCAUUUAUGAAACCCACAAAAAGUACCAUGUUACGGACACGAUCUCAAAGUGUGGAACCACCAGAAAUCAUUCGACCAAAAACACCAACUCGCACCAAACCAACAGGAAACACCAAUGGCGGACGACGAACGAAAACACCCGGAACAACAACUACAACCAAUUCUUCAGCACAUUUGCAAUACCAUCUUCCACCAAGACCUAAAAGCAGCCUUGCUCGUCAAGAAACGUAUGAUAUGUUACCUUAUGUUGAUCGUGAACGUCAGAAUGGUACCAAAUCACCUAUCCGACGGACUGGUACUCCCUCUUUGAUUCCUAGACCCAAAACUCCUUCUGGCCAAAAAGAAUUGAUGAUUCGCUCCGCCUCUCCAAGUAUGAUUCCUCGUCCAAGAUCUUCCAUGAAACAAUAUCAAGAUGGUCAAGUUAUUCCACCGGUUCCUCCUCUUCCAAGCAAUAUUGAAAGGCCAUCCAUUCAUCUAUUGAAAGUAGGGAUUUUGAACAAAGAGGAUGUGUGCAAUGAUGAUGAUGGUAGUGAGCACCCGAUCUAUACUGGUGACCCUCGUGAUCCAUUGGAUAUGGAAGUAGCCACCAUCCUGAAUUCAAGUCCUAUAGCCAUGCAAUGUCAAAGAAGUCCUCAAGGUGGUGGGAAAUAUUACUUUGGGAAUGAAUUGAAUCCGACGUUGGGUGGAGGCAAGAAACUUUAUACAUGCAAAUUGAUCAAUUAUAGUGGUCGUUCAUCACGGAGAACUCACAAUAAUGGUGAUCAUGUAUCUAUGGUUACAAGGAACAAGGUCUUGGUGAGAGUAGGUGGAGGUUGGACAGAACUUCCUCAAUUUCUAUUGGAUCAUGCAUUGUCUUUGGGGAAUAGUACUGGUCUUGUGAUUCGCCAUCCCGUGGAUCAAGGUGCUCAUCAAGAUACAACCGUGUCCUCAUCAUCAUCAUCCUCUUAUCAAGAUCCUUCUUUACACCGAUUUAGAUCAAAACGCUCACCUUCCAUGUCCUCUUCCAACACUGAUAAUACUUCUGGAUUCUUGUUAGAUGCUCACUCAUCUUUUUGA